CCGGACUCCGGCGACCUGGGAGGAGGGGGUUAUGAUUAUUUUCAAAUUUCCGAAUCCAGCCUGAGAGCCAGAGAGCAAGAGAUCUCCAUAGACUGCGACUAGCUGGCUCUCGCUCCGAAAUGAUGCAGAGUGCUCCUGUCUCCGCGGAGGGAGCUGUCAAGGGGCUCCCGGAGAUGCUCGGCGUGCCGAUGCAACAGAUCCCUCAGUGUGCAGGUUGCAACCAGCAUAUUCUGGACAAAUUCAUCCUCAAGGUCCUGGACAGACACUGGCACAGUUCCUGCCUCAAGUGUGUGGACUGCCAGAUGCAGCUGGCUGACAGGUGCUUCUCCAGGGCUGGGAGCGUCUACUGCAAGGAGGACUUCUUCAAGCGCUUUGGCACAAAAUGCACAGCCUGCCAGCAGGGCAUACCCCCGACACAGGUGGUCCGAAAGGCACAGGACUUUGUCUACCACCUGCACUGCUUCGCCUGCAUCAUCUGCAACCGGCAGCUGGCCACUGGGGAUGAGUUCUACCUCAUGGAGGAUGGGCGGCUGGUGUGCAAGGAGGACUACGAGACGGCCAAGCAGAAUGAUGACUCAGAGGCUGGAGCCAAGCGUCCCCGGACCACCAUCACAGCCAAGCAAUUGGAGACAUUGAAGAAUGCCUACAAGAACUCCCCCAAGCCUGCCCGGCAUGUGAGGGAGCAACUGUCCUCGGAGACGGGCCUAGACAUGAGGGUUGUGCAGGUUUGGUUCCAGAACAGAAGGGCCAAGGAGAAGAGGCUGAAAAAGGACGCAGGGCGGCACCGUUGGGGGCAGUUCUACAAGAGUGUCAAGCGGAGCCGGGGAAGCGGGAAGCAGGAGAAGGAGAGCUCUGCAGAGGACUGUGGGGUUAGUGACAGUGAACUGAGCUUCCGAGAGGAUCAAAUUCUCUCAGAACUUGGCCACACCAAUAGGAUUUAUGGCAACGUGGGGGACGUUUCAGGUGGACAGUUAAUGAAUGGGAGCUUCUCCAUGGACGGGACAGGACAAUCCUAUCAGGACUUGCGGGAUGGGAGCCCCUAUGGAAUGCCCCAGUCGCCAUCCUCCAUCUCGUCCCUGCCCUCCCACGCGCCUUUGCUCAAUGGGCUGGAUUACACAGUGGACAGUAACUUGGGCCUGAUUACGCAUGCGGGCCAGGGGGUGAGCCAGACGCUGAGAGCCAUGGCUGGGGGCCCCACCUCUGACAUCUCCACCGGAAGCAGUGUAGGCUACCCCGACUUCCCCACGAGCCCAGCCUCUUGGCUCGAUGAAAUGGAUCACCCUCCUUUCUAGAUGUCUCUCCUCCCCAACCUCCCCAUCCUUCUGGCUUGAGAGGAUUUCUUCAAUGAGCAAGAGAGACUUGCCUUUUAAGGAUCCAAAGUGCGUCAAUGUGAAUUUCCAUUAUUUUCAAUGGAAACCGCCCACUGGUCCCUGGGAAGUCUGAGACAGAGUUGGGGUGGGGUGGGCUGGGUUCUCCUGGGAAAGUGGGGGGGGGGAAGCAGCCUCAUCCCAGAAAACAGCACAGGGGCGCAGAGCCUUGGGCGCUAGGCUGCUGGCUUGUUGGCUCCCCCACCCCACCCCCAGCUUUCUGGCUUUGGCUGCUCAGUGCUUGGGAGCACGGAGACUGUGUCCAACCUCCUUGGUCUCAGGGGGCUCUGCUUCAGCUGGUGGCUGGCGUGUCUCCAGGGAAGCCUCCUGAUAACUGACACUGCUCUCAUCAGAACCCAGGUUUCCAAGGUCAAAGUGUUAAUGGCCCCUGAGUAUAAUGCAAGUGAUUUCUGGACACCUUUACAAGGCUCUAAUUUUCAGAAAAAGGUCACCUAUGAGAGGUCAGUGGAAACUUUGAUGGCCACAGUUUAAUAUGGAAAAACUGCCUCUUUUAUUGAGGGUGGGGAUGAGCUGUGGAAACAUGGCUUCUUCCCUGUUCAGAGGUACAAGCCAGAUAAUAUUUGUCUGGCUUUCUUUUUUUUUUUAAAAUUCUUCUUACUGAAUUGCCAAUGGCAGGAAGUGGUUUUCAUUGCCAGUGUCUCCAAGGCUGUGGCCUAGUGGCCCUGGACCAUCCCAGUGAUGGCCCUGAGUGUCCCCUUUGUGCACAAUGUGCCUUUGUCAUUUACUCCACCAGGUGGGCUGUGAGUGCAAAAUGAUCACUGCUCAGAUAUGGAGAGAACAGAAUGACAAUCAGUACAAACGUGGGAGACACAUUUAGGGGCCCAAUAUAAUGUUUAGCCAGAUCAGCAGAUGCCAAUGGCCCAAAGUCUCCGUCCUGGAGAUGGGCAGUGGCACUGUGGGUCUGUUCUGAGAGAACUGGUUUGGAGGAACUUGCAGAUCCACUCUCAGAUGCAGUCACUCUCCUCAACCCUUUCUAAAGCCCUCCCCCCCAUGCUAACAGGCCCAUCUUGAGGCUAGUGUAGGCCUUAUCCAAGGACCAGCAAUGCUUUUUGGCUGAUCUUAGUCCCUGGAGUCUGCUUCAAUCUUGGAGCAGUUCUAAAAUUGUCCUAAGGGCUCUAUAGUCCUCAGGAUACAUCUCUCUGCCAGGUUCUGUGCUCAGAUGCUCAGCUCUCAGGUUGCCAAUGGCACAAGACUGAGCCUGAAGCUAGGACCAGGCCAAGUCCAGCUGUACCUCUGCGACACUUCUCUGGGCAGCAGCAGCAGCAGCAGCAGCAUUGUAAGUGGUGUUGUCACACUACACACUGCCCACCAGGAAGUUCUCCAUGUACACAGUAGGUUUUGGCUAGGUGGGAUUUAUUCCAGUCCUCCGUGGGAAGCUAUGGUGUGCUGCUACUGCGCUCCCAUGCUCUCCAGCAAGACCUGCAGAGCAGGAAAAGGGGCAGAAGGCACUGACUCUCUUUCCUGAGGACAGGGCCCCAGGCCCAAAGUACUGUUCUUUCAGUGACUGAUCUGUCACUGUUAGAAAACUGUGAAGAUUUAGGGAUGUGUUAGGCUGAUUCAAGGAAGAACUUAAUGCUUCUUCUCUGGCUGUAAAGUCCUUGCCAGGACUCAGCAAUGGUCAGUUAGAAUACAUAGUCAGCAAAUUCCUGGGAUCAACCCCCUGGCCACUCUUACUAUGCUGUUUUGCAGUGUACCUUUAUUUCUGGAUGUGCUGCAGUUGUUGUGAUGUUUGCCUCGGGUAAGGGGCCUGUAAAUGCAGAGCCUCUUCUGGGACAUGUAGAGAUAAUGGUGUAGUGGCCCCGGCCCAUUCUGUGCUUCUAGAGUUGUUGGGGUGAGAAUAGAGGCACAAAGGAAGCCAACAAGCUUUGUGGGGGAAGGGAGAAUGCUGUAUACUCGCUUGUAGGAGGACAGAGCCUCCAACCCUGGUUUUUAUUUAUUUUUUAUUUUUUUUUUUUACCAGAGCACUGCUCAGCUCUGGCCAAUAGGUGGUGUGGGGGAAUGAACCUGGGACUUUGGAGCCUCAGGCACGAGUCUCUUUGCAUAACCAUUAUGCUAUCUACCCUUGCCCUUCAACCCUUGUUCUUAGCAGGGACAGGGCUGUGCUGUGAUAACCUGCCCCACCACCCAACAUCUCAGCAUGGCAAGUGGGUCUAGAAGCUUCUAGGAGGUGAUUUUGGUGAAAACAGUAUAAGGAAAGCAGACUCUUCAAAGGCUCCCUCUCAGUGUAGUGCUGUUUUUGUUUGUUUUUUAAGAUCAGUGGGAGUAGACUAGGUUUUGUUUCUGUUUGUGAGUUUGGCAUAACCACUCCCUAUUCACUGGGGGCAGGACGGAGGCCCUUAUCAUCAUUCCAGUAACAGAAGUCUCCCCAGGAACUCAGUGAGCAGGGCACUUGGUGGGUUGGAGUAGGCAGUGGUUUCUUCAAUUGGGGAAAGGGUAGUCCUCUGGCAGCUCAGUUGGAAAGGCAGGAGGGCUUAAUCUGAGUUCCCCAGGAUCACCUCCCCAGAAAGCCACCAAUGCUGGUGCCCCACUUAAAAAGCUAAGCUGUAACAGACUUCCGAUUCAAGGUGACCCUGGAUCUUCUGUGACUUAAAAUGGGACAGAAGAUGGUGUUUCCCUGAGGCCUUUCAUCAGGCAUUGCUGUUCUGCUUUAGCAUCUGUUACAGAGGCAGCAGGUGCUACCUGGAGCCAUUUCCCCCUAACUGAAAUGACAUGGAUGAAUUUCUAAAAUGAAAUGAGAUCUUCUAGAGGCAUUUAGAAUAUUUGAACCUGCCUUUGGCUGGAACAGAGCUGUUAACUAGCCACUGUUAUACACAGUAUCAGGCUGACAGAUCUGAGGAUAGCAGGUUCCUAAAUCCAGGAUUAGUAAAAAAUAAAUAAAAUAAAAUUCUAGAGGUAACUGGUCAAAGCAAAAUGAGCAUUGAGGACUAUAUUUGCAGAGAAGCAGCAAGACCAUGGAGGAGAUAGUCCCAAAUCCUGAGUUGAGCUGACCCACAGGGUGACUCACUCUUAGGGAGCCAGGCUCCUGGCCCUUUGGGGGGCUUGUUGUACAGUCUGAAUGGACUCCUUUCCAUCUCUGUAAUUCCUCUUUCUUUGUCUGCUGAGGGCUAGGCAUCUAGUGUUAAAUGAAAACCAACUUUUAUAUUGUUAAUACUUCCUGUCAAUGAGUAGUGUGAACCAUCAGGGAAAGAGAGCAAAAUUAAGACAGGAGAAAAAGCAUUUAUUUGGCGGCAUCUUGAAGAUUGUUUUUUUCUUCUCACCAGAUAUAAAACAUGAAAUCUAGUAAGAUCACUGGGGCCGUUAGGGCUUCAUGACGAAGUCCACCUUUGCAAGCAGUGCAAGGGAGCUGUAGAAGUAAGGAGUAUAGACAUUGCCGUCUCUGUAGCUCAGGCUGAUUGUUCUGGGGUACCUGCCUCCUGGUGGGAGCUGGUCAAGGUCAGCUUAGUCAAGCUGUGUUUCAGGACAGGGUGCUUGUGGCACUGCCUCCAAGCCUGCCCUCCCCCAUGCCACUGCAGACAACCUGGUUGUCACCUUGGACAGGAUGUCCAGCCUGCCUGGGCCAGCUGGGCCUACAAGGACUGAGGAGGCUCAUUUUGAAACAUUGCACUUUAAAAAUUGGAAGCCGUGAGAUGCAGACCAAUUUAAUUAAGCGGAAAUGAGUUUUGUUUUAUUGCCUGAGCUGACGGGCCCUGGGCAUGCUGAAAGCUAAAUAAAAAAGCACAUCAGUGGCUCUCUUUCUGGGAUGGGUCCAUUGGCCCUGCUGCAGUAGUGGCUCCACCUGCUUAACCGCAGCAACUGGAGCCACAGAGAGUCCAGCUGCCUCUGCGUCCACACUUGGUAGGACCCCACUGAAAGCACAGAUUCGAGCUGCUGGCUCUGAUGCAGAGCUGGCUGUGGGCUGGGAGGCACGCCAAAAGCAUUCCUUUGCUUGGGGAGCAGAGCCCAGGAGGAGGGACGGCCACCCCUACUCUCCUCCACGGCCCACCUCACGACAGGAAUCCUUCCAUGUUCCCUUCCAGGACCAUGCUCAGCCAAAUGCAGGUUUGAGGCUGCAGGAGCCCAAAGGUGGCUCUGAACUUGGUCUCAGACCUCAGAAUUCUAGACCCCUUGGCUCCGGAACAAAUUGCUGCCCUCACCCUUCACAGUGUAAAUUUUUGUACAGUUGAAAAAAAUAAAUGAAGUCUCAUUUCCUAGGUGGGGGAGGAGAAAGAAAAAGCCCCCUGCCCCUGCCCCCGUCCUUAUUUAUUGCCAUGUGACUGUGACUGCGGAAGCUGGUGCGUUCGUUUGUAUCUGCCUCCUGUGUGCUGGCAUGAGAUGUGUAUGGUCAAACUAUGUCCAAUAAAGAUGGAAGUUCUUUAGAAGUGGAUGUGUCUUGUUUUUUUUUUUUUUUUUUUUUUUUAUUGUAGCUUUGGAAGUUCCUUCUAUUGACAUGCAGAGAUUUGAAAGCUGAGCUGACCUGGGUCCUUGGUCACCAGGCUAAAACUCAGAAUAGAGUUCUGAAUGCCAGAACUACUUACCACAGUGACCCCAGAAGGAGUGACUAGGGAAAAGCCUCUGACUUUUCGCAUAGCAGGUUUCCAGGGCUAAA